AUGUACCAAUCACCCAUCCCUGAAACAAGCAAUGUCCGCUACGUUGAGAAUCGUAUUCUCAUCGACGCACCUCAUACAGUAGUAUUCGACUACGUCACAACCUGGGCAAAUUUGCCAAAAUGGCUCCCAGUAGCGAAGAACGUGUACGUGCGGAAGGGUGACCUGAACGCGCCCGCCAGGUUGGGAGAUGUGCUCUGCGAGGGUGUCCGCCACGAAGAAGGUUUCUCGGCCACCGCCACCAGAGCAGAUAAGAUCUACACGGUGGUGCUCCACGUCCCUGGUCUCCUGUGGGGUGUGGCGGGGGUGGACGACGUCGGUGACCCCUGGGUUGGCAAGACGGCGACGUUCAUCACGACACCGGUGUUUCAGCAGAUCAGGAAGGAGGGCGAUGACAGUGAGGUCAGACAUCCAGUCCUUCAGCCUGAGGUCAUGCAGAAAGGGCUCGAGCGCCUCAAGGACUUGGUUGAAAACUCAAUUGGAAGCAGUUGCUCUUUGGGCUAA